AGGUCCCUCAGACACGAGCAUUAAGCUCACUGCACUGAAGAAAGCACAUCGCCUUCAUUUCGCCUCAAACUUCGUUCCAAAUUCUUUACGCGUAGCAGGGUUGAAGUAUAUCCCUGACAGGAUAUAUGAAGGAACAGGAGCAGCUGGGAUGAAGUCAGCCGAAAGCUCUGCUGGAAGCAUGAUUUGCUCCUUCAUAUAUUCCUGAUUGCCUGGGAGGGGACGGCGUGUUUCCUCUGCAGGACGCUUCUGACUGCAGGAAAGUAAAGGGCCUCCAGUGGCUCAGCAUGGAUGUGGUGGGAGAAAAUGAGGCCUUGCAGCAGUUCUUUGAAGAGCAAGAUGUUCAUAGAGCCUUGGAGAACCCCAUGGUGGAUACCAGUAUGUUGGAAGAAUUCCUCAGCAGUGACUUAGAGUUUGGAACCUUGCAAAGACAGUUGCCAGACUCUCCACCAGACUCUGGGUCAGAAGCAUUUUCUCCACCACAGCUCAAGACCCCGUGGGGUGAUGCUACGUUGCCAAGUGGGCAGCAGUCUCCAUUCCCAUGUCCAUCGGCUGUGGCACCCAGCAAGCUUCCCUACAGAUUCCUGGAGACUUCUUCUGACCCCAGUAGCAGUGGACAUCCUUGCAGCAUUCCUUGCAGUAUGAAGAGAGAUAAUGCUGUGACUCCAUGGAAUGACUCUACGUCCUCCAACUCUUUGGGUUUUAAUUAUUCAUACUUUCAGCCAAAUGUAUCUCAGAUUUAUAGCACUCCCACACCAUCAGGCAUAAAAAGGAAGCUCUCACAGGUGCUUGGAGAUACCACCGAUCCUCAAGUCUGGUGCAACAACUCCAGUCAAGCAGUUCUCAAGGACUGUGCUGCUGAAGUGCAAGAAUAUGACAGUGAUGGACAGAAUGCAGCUUUGGAAAAAUGCUGCCAAGCUCUAACAUGGCAACCAUAUCAAACUUCUCAGUGGAACAGCUUAGUGAACUCUAAUUAUGAAAAACUACCUGCUGUAGGAUAUCACAUUGUCACAGACAAAGGAUUUAAUUUUUCAGCAACAGAUGAUGCCUUUGUGUGCCAGAAGAAGAAUCAUUUCCAAAUCACAGUCCAUAUUAGAAUCACUGGUCAUCCAAAAUAUGUCAAAACUCAGCUGGGGGUGAAACCAAUAGAGAAGUUUUACUUGAAAGCUUUUGGAAUAAGGAUGGAAGCUCCAAAUCAAACAAUUGCUAUUGAGCAGUCUCAGUCAGAUCGAAGUAAAAAAACUUUCUAUCCUGUUAGAGUUGAUCUGCCAGGGGAUCAGAUAACUAAAGUGACACUGGGAAGGCUGCAUUUCAGUGAAACGACAGCAAAUAAUAUGAGAAAAAAGGGGAAACCUAAUCCUGACCAAAGAUACUUCAUGCUGGUGGUUGGACUUUAUGCUGUCUCUCAGGACCAAUUCUACUUGCUGUCUGCAAAUAUCUCUGAAAAGAUCAUUGUAAGGGCAUCUAACCCAGGGCAGUUUGAGAACGACAGUGAUGUGUUGUGGCAGCGAGGACAUGUUCCAGAGACGGUAGUCUGUCACGGUCGAGUAGGAAUUAACACAGAUGCACCAGACGAAGCACUGGUUGUCUGUGGAAAUGCAAAAGUUAUGGGCAGAGUCAUGCAUCCAUCUGACAGCCGAGCAAAAGAGAAUAUCCGGGAGGUCGAUACAAAUGAGCAGUUGAGAAGAAUAACACAAAUGAGGCUGGUGGAAUACAACUACAAGCCUGAAUUUGCAUCUGUUAUGGGAAUAGAAAAUACUCAUGAAACAGGAAUAAUAGCACAGGAAGUGAAGGAACUUUUACCUCAGGCUGUUAGAGAAGCUGGAGAUGUCGCUUUUAAUAACGGCGAAAAAAUAGAAAACGUCCUCAUGGUUGACAAGGAUCAGAUCUUCAUGGAAAACGUAGGUGCAGUAAAACAGCUUUGCAAACUAACCAACAGCCUUGAAGUCAGAAUAGAAGAAUUGGAACAGUGGAACAGAAAACUGGCCAGGCUGAAACGGUUAAGCAGUUUAAAGUCAACAGUCAGCGAAAGGAGCACAGUCAGCAGGUGUAGUCGAGUCACUAGUCUCUUGCCAUCGAGAAAAUCAGUCCAGCCAAAAUCCAGCAAGGUUUGUAUAUCGAAGAGGAAAGAUUCUUGCUCCAGGAAGAUUUUCCGGGUGACUGUAUUAGCUUUGGUUGCUGUUAUGGCACUAUGUGUUUUGACAAUAUCGACCCUUUAUGUACUUAGCAUCCAUGACAAAUAUCUUGAGAAACAUCUUGUUUCCAGCAAUACCUCAAGUUCUGUUGUACUCUUUCCCUCCACCACUACAGCAGCAUUACAGGAAAGCACAAUUUCUCAGAGCACACAAACCGUCAGCGGGAUUCCUGAUGUGAACUUUUGUGAUCUUUUGCCUUGUGACAAGGUUUAUUGUUGUCCAAUUCAUCAAGCAAUGGUCAAAUAUCAAAGUUAUGAGGAAACCAAUUCAGAGAGAACACGAAACAAAUGUGACGUGCUGCUUGGAGGAAAUGCUGAUGGGAGACCUGAUCUUGGAACUGAUUGGAUUGAUACAACGAUCAGAUCCGUACAGAUUUUGGAAACACAGCAACUAAUUGACAGUCGCUACUGUAGUAAAAAUCUACAGUGCAGGUCUGGAAAUUACAGCUGUAGUAUUCCCAUUAGCAAGUACACACCCAUAAAUGUAGAAAUCUCACUGGAAAUCAAAUCCUUGUUUUUCUCUUUCUUGAAGCACAACAGAACCAUUAAUUAUAUUGCUCUGCAAAAUCACAUUUGGAAAUUAUUGCUCCUAUUAUUCUUCAAGGCGAAACAGUGUGAAAAAUUUCCAAGAAACCACACAGGGACGUCAGCAUAUUUGGACUCUCCCAGUCGCUAGGCUGUAUGACAGCGCUUACUAUUUCCGCGUAGCCACACCGGGUCUUGUGAGCUGCUCAACAGAUCCUUAUUAUGCUGGAAUUUUUUUUACUGAUUACUACUUCUAUUUUUAUCGGAAGUGUAACUAAAAUGUUGCUGAUCACUCUGUACUUUGGAAAAAAGAAAAAAAAUGAAGUUCUUGAUAUGAAAAAGAGACUUGUGUAUGGCCCUGGAUUUUUAUAAGCGUUUUACUGAGUUGUAUGCCAUUUUCUUGUUUGUUUUGCUUUUAAAUUAAAGAAAAAUAAAAUUUUUGACAACAACUGUA